ACCAUAUUCAUUGGUGUAAGUUGUAGUUAUAUUCACUGCUCUGUGUGUGCUGUUAAUACUGGCGUUGAUGGCUAUUCAGUAGUAAUAUGUAUUGGAAAAUCGCAUAAUUUUGUAAUUGAAACGUUAUAUUCGUUCUAACUUAAAUACAGUUCGGACGCUCAAAUAUACAUUUCCGGAGGUGAUUUCUUAGAGAGUAGAAAGAAAAAAUGUAAACUAAAAAAAACCUGAAAAGGUCCAAACUCUGAGUAAAUCUUAGUGUGAGUUAACAUAGUAUGCGAUGGAAUAAACAACAAGAGCAAUCGUUGUCAAAACGAAAUUAAUAAGCAUUAAACAUUUGUAUGGUAUACUAUGUAUAAAGUGAAAAACGUGUUCGCUUUCGGAUAUCUCAUUGGUUUUUAGUGUACUCAAGCUUUCCAAAAGACGCGUUCGUUAUUGCUCUUGCUCUCUAAAUUCCUUCACUGUUUGCGUGCGAUUUGAGUAUUGGAUAAGAAAACGCGGCGCAGACUAGCUUGGAGUGAGCUUUUUCGUAGCAUAUUCUCCCAUCGAUGAUAUAAGCAGAGAGUCAACAUCGCGUCGGUAACGUUGGAUGUCCGUCCAUAGCUAUUUUAAAGUACUACACAACUGCCAAUGAAAUGAGUAACGAAUCAGCUGCUAUUGAGGCAACACCGCUGCGUCGGCCAGAAAGGCAAAAUAGUGCAGACGUGUCGUCGUCUUCUUUGUUGUUGGUAAAAUCGCGUGACGUGGAAAAUAGCUAUCAAAAUCCGAAUCACAAUUGCAACGAUAUUGGUGGCAUUAAUUGCAGCUGCAACAACGGCUAUCACAGCAACACUAAUGUUACCCCAUCAACCAUAGUGACAAUCGCAAAUUUAAAUAACAACAACGUUGAAGUACGCCUUGGUGCUGGGUUCACGUGGGAAUCAUCGAACGAGCACACUUCGAAAAUAAUCAAAAUGGAUCACAACAAACGCGUUUUAUAUCGUGUGGCAUUGGAUGUGUUCAUACUGCUCUGCGUGGGCUUUCCGAUCUUAUGCUUUUAUUUGUGGGGCACUGCAUAUCAGCGUGGAUUCUUUUGCGACGACGAAUCGCUGAAACACCCUUUCAAACCCUCAACAAUUCGGAAUUGGAUGCUGUAUUUUAUAGGACUGGUCCUACCAAUUGGAUUGAUUCUUAUAGUUGAAAUUGUGAAGGCGAAUAAUACCAAGCCUUCAACGGAGGAUAUUAUUACACAGCGUCAGUAUGUCUUCAUGGACUACGAAAUUCCUGUCUGGAUGGUGCAAUGCUACAAAAGUAUUGGAGUUUUUGGAUUCGGAGCAGCUGUUUGUCAGCUAUUAACUGACAUUGCUAAAUACUCUAUAGGGCGGCUGAGACCACACUUUUUUGCUGUUUGCCAGCCCAUCAUAUCCGACGGCACCACUUGUGAUGAUGCUAUCAACGUGGGAAGGUAUAUUGAAGAUUUCACCUGCAAAGGUGACGAUUCCUCGAAGCGCAUGCUAAAAGAAGUACGUCUCUCUUUCCCCAGUGGACAUUCAAGCUUUACAUUCUACACAAUGGUUUUUACCGCGUUAUACCUACAAUCGCGCAUGAACUGGCAUGGGUCGAAGCUAUUGCGACACUUUCUGCAGUUCCUAUUCAUUAUUAUCGCGUGGUACACGGCCUUGAGUAGGGUAUCCGAUUACAAACACCAUUGGUCUGAUGUGCUGGCUGGUUCUACAAUAGGGGCUCUCACUGCCGUCAUUGUGGCGAAAUACGUGUCCGAUUUGUUUCAGCGAAGAUCCUCUCAACAAUAUCUGCUACCUCGUACAUCUCAGGACGCACAACCUCAGACGUUAGCCAAUAACGGCCUUUAAUUUUCGGCUGUGAAUAAAACAGUAUUUCGCCUUUUAUCCACAAACAUGUUUUAAACAAAUUAACAAUAAAUUACUAAAAUUAUGUGUGUAUGUCUUGAUAUGCAAGUGAUGAUAGCGCCAAUUCAUUCUAAAGUCUUUGUACUAUUUAUGUUAUCUAAUACGUAAUAAUUAAGAGCAGCAAUAAAUUUAAGUGUAUAUGUUUGUGAACAUAAGGUAAAUAGAUUUAAGGACGUAAUAAGUUAAAUAUAUACAUAUAUGUACUACAAUAACGUACACGUAUCCCGAAUUUUGGAACAAGGAUCGAAGGAACUACUCGAGUGAUGAAUUAGUUAAUGUGUGUCUUAAAUGAAUUUCACAGUAGCGAUCAGCUGAUUACAAUCAUUGGUGUUCAAUACGCAAUAACAAUAAUAAUUGCUUUAUAAGAAAAAAACAUAAAAAUCUUAAACCUUUCAUAUCACGUUCGCUGUUGAAGUACAAAAGUAAGCGUCGUUAGAAUUUCGCUUUUUUAUUAACAGGUAGAAAUAAUAAAUUAUAAGUAUUAAUAUAGUACAAGAGAUUUCAAUGAUGUUAUGACCAUUAAGUAGAAUGCUUAAGUGUGGGGCUCCACUCAGAUCUGAACUAUUUUUAGAAAUUUAUUGUGCUCAUGAAAAGUGAUGGAUUUCCGCCUAGUCCUUGAAGCCAAGACCUAGAACGGCACUAUUUAGGGACGGCAAAAUGUCAGAACGUUAAAGCUUUGCAGCUGAAGAAAUAUUCCAAGAUUUUAUUCCAAAAAUCAGUUUUUUUUUAUUUGAAUCUAUAGUAAAUUGACAAUGAAUUAAAUAAAAAUUAUUUUUCCCUUGACUUCGUAAUUCUUGGGUACAAUAUUAAUAUUUCUAUUAAUCAAUCAUCGUUUUAAUAAAAGCAUUGUUUGAAAAAUA